CGGCCAACGUCGUUAAAUUUUCCAUUUAAGUCUUGUAAAAUUACCAAACUACCCUUAGUUUGUUAUGUAUUAUAAAAAGAAAAACUAAAUUAUAUGUUGAAAGUAUAAAACCUCUUGCUGCUCCAUCUGUUUCCGAUUAAAUUUCCAGUCGCCGCUGCCACCGUAUUCCGCCGGAUCGCUGCGAUAGCCACCUCUUCACCGGAAUCUUCUCUGUUUCAGCUUCAAUUCCAUACAAUAAGAUCAUAGUUCGGUUUCAUGAUCCACUAAUAAAACAUGUCUUUGCGCGGGCCACCACUUCCUCGGCUACUUCUCAACAACGUUUCUUGCAUGAGAAACGCGCAACAAAUCUUACGUCACACCAACAUAUCCAUUCAUGACGGUGGGGCCCUGGUGCUCACAGGUGCAAACGGGUCCGGAAAGUCAACCUUCUUACGCAUGCUAGCCGGAUUCUCCAAACCAUCAGCCGGUGAGAUCCUAUGGAACGGUCAUGACAUAACCGAAUCAGGCGUUUUCCACCAAUACAAACUUCAACUCAACUGGCUAUCAUUGAAAGAAGCCAUUAAGAACAAUUUUACAGUUCUUAAUAAUGUUCAAUGGUUUGAAGUUCUUGAACAUAAACAAGGUAAGUCUUUACCUGCUCUGGAGUUCAUGGGCCUCGGGCGAUUGGCGAAUGAGAAGGCCCGGAUGCUUUCAAUGGGCCAAAGAAAAAGAUUGCAGCUUGCAAGAGUGAUGGCGAUGGAUAGACCCAUUUGGCUGCUUGAUGAGCCUUCAGUUGCGUUGGAUGAUGAAGGUGUGAAGCUUUUGGAGCAAAUGAUUGCGGAUCAUAGGAGCCAGGGUGGAAUAGCGAUUGUGGCGACACAUUUGCCGAUUCAGAUUGAAGAUGCUAUGAUCUUAAGGUUGCCUCCAAGGUUUCCAAGAAGGAUAACUUUAGUAGACAUGCUUCCUCAUUGAGGUGAAUUGACAAAUUUACCCUUUUGGAUUUUUGUCUGUUGUUUGGGUUUAUGGAUUGCUAAAAAGCUUUGUUUCCUUGUACACCCUACAUGAGAACAUUAAAAUAACUAAAGGAUUAUUGGAUUUCAAAUUAUUGUAUUAGGCAUUGCUUCAUAUGUUGAAUAUAAAAGGAAGACAACAUAUUGGUUGGGAAUUA